AAUAAAGCAGUGAACCCUGGAACAAAUCAUAAAAUCAUUAAUCAAGGUGUGAAGAAGGAACUACAGGAGUCUACAGUCUACACAAAUUAAGAAUUUGCUCCGUCUCUUCAAACCUUGUCUAGAAAUUAAAGAAGACAUGUACAGUGUACAGUGUAUUGUACAUAUCUAAAAGUUGACAAUUUGACAACUUCUUUUCCUGAAAACCCAAACCUUGAGAAAAAUUUCCCUCGUGCCCAGUUGGUUUUUAAAAUGUCCUCAAAAUCGAGCCCUAAAUCUCCCUCCUCAAAGUCUGCUUUCAAGAUUUUUCGUGGAUUCUCGAGGAAGCAUCGAAAGGCGCUAAAAGUGUCUGUGCUAGGAGAUCAGGGAGCUGGGAAAUCAGCUUUCGUUGUUCGGUAUCUAACCAGGCGAUUUAUAGGAGACUAUUGUUCAAAGAUGGAGAAUACAUAUCCACAUACCUCGCUAGUAGAUAAUAUUAUCACACCAAUACUUGUCUGGGACACAAUACAGAACAAUCAGGAUGAAAUGCGAGAUCGUCUGUACACAAUAACCUCCUGGGCUGAUGUCAUCAUCAUUUUGUACUCAGUAACUGACAUUCAAUCUUACAAUACAUCUCUCUACAUCUACAAUACUAUCCUAUCCACAAUGUCGUUGGAACUGGAUCAUUUCCCGGCCCCGAUAAUUCUGGUUGGAAACAAGAACGAUCUUUGGCACCAGAGGCAGGUCGUCACAGAUCUAGCAUGUCAGGAAGCCAAGGAUCUUGGAUUCGCUAAUUUUUUCGAGAUUUCUGUAAAGGAGAGUCUGGACCAGGUGAGGAUAGUGUUUGAAGAAGCGAUUCGUCGUGGUGCUGUUACAAGGAGACAAAGACAAGGGCAUACAAGAGGAAAGGGUCUCCGUCAAUCUAUUUCCUCGGAUUUUAACUUCUCCGAGGAAACUAGUCCGGAGUCAGAGGAUGGUAGUCCAAAGAACAUCCCAGUUCCUUCCAACAUUCUGCAAACUAUCAAGAAAAAACUAACAAGUCCAAAGAGUUCUGUAUCGUCUUCUCCCGUCCUAAUACCCCAGGAAUCAGAAAACACAAAUUCAGUUCCUCGGAGCCGAUCUUACACCUACUCUGGGAAAUUCCAGCUUAUCAAACGUUCUAGAAAGCUGUCUGUAUUCGAGUCUUCAGCUGAAACUCCAUAAUUAAAUAACCUACGAAGAACCAGUAUUCUGGGUAUACUUUCAAAACAUAAAAAGACACUCAAGCAUUGUUUUUGUAUUGCGGUAAUUAAGAACCGACAUGUUUGGCGAGUUUGUGUAUCAAUGCGUUCUGUGUUCUAUGUUUUCAUGUGAUGCUUUUUUGUACUUCUGUUUUUUAUUUAGUCAAAUCCAAUAUAAAUACAGGGUGAUUAUUAAUUUUGUACUGCUGUUUUUUAUUUAGUCAAAUCCAAAAUAAAGACAGGGUGAUUAUUAAUUUUGUACUACUGUUUUUUAUUUAGUCAAAUCCAAUAUAAAGACAGGGUGAUUAUUAAUUUUGUACUACUGUUUUUUAUUUAGUCAAAUCCAAUAUAAAUACAGGGUGAUUAUUAAUUUUGUACUACUGUUUUUUAUUUGGUCAAAUCCAAUAUAAAUACAGGGUGAUUAUUAAUUUUGUACUACUGUUUUUUAUUUAGUCAAAUCCAAUAUAAAGACAGGGUGAUUAUUAAUUUUGUACUACUGUUUUUUAUUUAGUCAAAUCCAAUAUAAAUACAGGGUGAUUAUUAAUUUUGUACUACUGUUUUUUAUUUAGUCAAAUCCAAUAUAAAUACAGGGUGAAUAUUAAUUUUGAAAAGUUUAAGUUCUGUUGACUUUAGCCAAGACUAAGCCAAGAAAUCCUAAGAUCUGUGGGCAAAUAUUUUCUCAGAAACUCAGAAACAUUAACACAGAAAUAUCCUUCUACCAAAAAUCUGUAUGAUCUGUUUUUACCAACUUUUGAAAACAUUCUUUUUAAUAUUUAAUAUUUAAUAUUUUAAUAUUCAGAAAACUGAAGGCUUUCAAAUUUUUCCGCAUGAAUGCCUAUAUCUAUGAUUGUAAAUGAUUUCAAAUCAAUAUCCCCUGUUUAUCUGUAAUAUAGGACUAUGAAAUAUAAAUUAUUUUAAUUUUAAAUGUUUUGCAUUUUUUCAAUAAACUAAUUUUUAAUGUUAUGUGCUCAGGUCUGAAACGCCUGUAAUACUGUAAUGUAAUCAGAUAUU